AGUUAUAAGAAAUAUAUAUACUGGAAGUUAUCUAUGCGUUUUAUUAGAGUCUGACUCACGUCCUCUAUAAUAUGAACAAUUCCCAACAAUAUUUAGUUGUUAAUUUCUAGAUGUGGACAUUUCCCAAUAAUAUUUAAUUGUUAAUUUGUUAAGACAUGGAUAAUUCCCAACAGUAUUUAACUGUUAAUUUUUCUAAAUAUGGACAAUUCCCAUGACAACUUAACUUUAAUUUCUAGAUAUGAACGGUUCUCAAAAAGUACAAAUCCCAAUAAGUCUCAACUUUUAAUAUCUAGAUAUGGAAGGUUCCCAACUACAUCAGAGAACUGAUCACCACCUGUUUACUGAGGAUGGGGAGGAUGAGGGAGAACAGGUUCUUCUCUGGCUGCUAGGACAACCUCAUCAUCCGCUAGAUUUUAGAACGGUUCCAGACGAUCCUCAAGAGAGAUGGAUCAUGGACAAGAAGUUGGAUGAGAGGGAGAGGAUGAGGAGGAUGUACCAGGAGGUCCCCAAGUGGAACGGGUCCGGGGAGCUUCUGGGGUUCAACCGCUGGGCAAUUGAGUUUAGUAAGUUUCUGCAGAUCAAUGAGCUGGAUCACACUUCAGAACAGAACAAGAAAAUUCUUAUUUUUGCAGCAAUGGAGGAAGAAGCUGGUCGACGUGUAGCUUGCCUGGGUCCGGCCUCCCGUCUGUUCCUGACCGCUACCCCAACCCAGUACCUGGAUCUUAUCAGGGUUCGUUGCGGAGCUCGGUAGAGAACACCAAGACGACAUUGAGGAAAUGGAAGACGACAUUCUGGAACUGAAUCUUUAUGUUUAUCUUAAGUUCCAGAAAUAUAUGAAAAACUCAGAUGUUUUGAAAAUCAA